GUUUAUAUUUGCAUUGCGUGGGCGUGUGUGUGCAUCGCUGCUCUACAGAAUUAAAACGCAAUGAGUGACAUUAAAAUUCUACAAUUUGCUCCUUUUGAGUCGUUUGUGUCGCCGACAUUUUGGCAUAAAUUAGCAGAACUCAAACUCGACUAUGAUCGUUUGUCCGAUACAAAACGUUCAAUUUUCGGAUACUACACAAAUCGCAAGGCGUCCGGUUGUCUGCUCGAGGUCGACUACAGCGCAUAUAAUAGUGAAGCGCAGGUACCCAAGUUCAGCCAUGUAGCCCAUGGAAAUAUUUACAAUAAAAAUACAAUUGAGGAGUUCAAAGCCCUGGAUAAGACAGCGCUGCUGGCAGAUGAGGGCAAACAACUGUUAGAUGAUAUGCGCAGUGGCCGUGCCUUGAGCGACGCCAGUUUAUUGACGCGCUUCUUUGUUCUGUCGUUCGCGGAUCUGAAAUGUCAUAGUUAUUACUAUUGGUUCGCAUUUCCCUGCCCCCUGACACCUGCACUGGAAUUGCUUAGCCCAGCAACCAAACUGAAAGAAAUUCCCAAUAAUGGAAACUAUGUGGAAGCUAUUUCCGUGUUGCCUGCGCAUGCGCAGAACUUCUUCAUUUUACAUGUCAACGAACAGGAGAAAGUGUGCGAGGCGCUCAGCUUGACCGCUGCUUUGAGUGAUUUCGAUGAGGAGCGGGCGCAGCAUUAUAUUUACUGUUUCGCCGAUCCCAGCGAAUAUGAGAAUCCGGCCUGGCUGAUGCGCAACUAUGUGGCAUUGCUGCUCCAGAAAUGUCCCACUCUUAUUGGCAAAUCGCUCAAAUUUUUGGGUCUGCGCUACGAUCAGCAAAUGCAUUUGGACAAUAGCUUGAUUUGGGAGGUGCGUCAGGCGGAGGCAUGCAAUUAUGAACACGUGCAAUUUGUUGGCUGGGAAGCGAAUCGCAAUGGCAAAAUGGGACCACGCAUGGCGAAUAUGCGGGAUAGCAUGGAUCCAGCCAAAUUGGCUGAGAAUUCGGUUAACUUGAAUUUGAAACUCAUGAAGUGGCGUCUGGUUCCCGACUUGAAUUUGGAUAUACUUGCAAAGACCAAGUGUUUGCUCUUUGGAGCUGGCACCCUGGGCUGUGCUGUGGCUCGCAAUUUGCUGUCCUGGGGCUUCAAGCAUAUAACGCUAAUGGACAGUGGCAAAGUGGGCUAUUCGAAUCCCGUCCGUCAAAGUCUUUAUAUGCACUCAGAUGCUGUGGCUGGAAAUUGCAUGAAGGCGACCACAGCUGCCGCUCGUCUGCUUGAGAUUAAUCCCAGCGCUGUCACCAAGGGUUAUAUUUUGGAAAUACCCAUGCCAGGCCAUACAGUGGGCGAGGCAUUACGCCCACAAACCGAGCAGCAUUUACAGCGCAUCGAGGAGGAGGUGCGGGCGCAUGAUGUCAUCUUUCUGCUAACGGAUUCACGUGAGAGCCGUUGGCUGCCCACGCUGCUGGGCGCAGCUAAUCAAAAGAUAGUCAUGAAUGCAGCUCUUGGCUUUGACAGCUAUCUAGUCAUGCGGCAUGGCAGCACGCGCGAGCUGACAGGCGACUGCAUCAAGGAUGUCGAAGGACUCAAAUGCAUAACUGGACAACAGUUGGGUUGUUAUUUUUGCAAUGAUGUCACAGCGCCAGGAAAUUCGCUCAAGGAUCGCACCCUCGAUCAACAGUGCACUGUUACGAGACCCGGCGUCUCGAACAUAGCAGCCAGCUAUGCAGUGGAGCUGUUGGUCGCCCUGCUGCAGCAUCCGCUGAGGGAGUUGGCGCCCGCUUACUACGCGAACAGUCGCCAGCAGACGACUGAGGUACAACAGCCGGAGGGGCUGUUGGGCAUCUUGCCCCAUUCCAUACGCGGCAUGCUGUGCAAUUAUGAGAACAUUUUGCCAGCCACGCAGAAGUUUGCGCAGUGCAUUGCCUGCUCGGAGCGUGUUUUGGCCGCCUAUCGCAGCGAGGGUCACGAAUUUCUAUUCAAAACAUUCGAAACGGCCAAGUACUUGGAGGAUCUAACUGGUAUUUCCGACUUCAAGCGACUUAACAGUGAGAUAAUUGACUUUGAUGAUAAUGAGUUUGAUAUGUCCGACAAUGAUGAUGAUGAUGAUAAUUAGUUAUUAUUAUCUUGAUGAACAAUAUGCAUUUUCUAUU